AACUAGAAAACAUUCAUACAAUUUAAUUCGGGAAGCGUUGAUCAUUCGUUUAACGGUGGAGUCCUGAGUAGCACGCGAAUCUCGGUCUCUGGUAAUUUAUUUAAAAAAAAAAAAGAUAAAAACAAAUUAAGACUUAAAUUAAGCUACUUAAAGAGGGACUUGCGUAAUAGCUCAUACAGAAAAAAUAAUAAAUGCAGACAAACAGAAACAAUUAAACGAAAAAAAAAACUAUACACAAAAACUCCUUAAAGUGUCCUUUAAUUUAAUAAACAUCACUUUGCACAUUUCGAAAAUAUAGCAACAAAUUCGAAGUGAUAAAUUCCAUUAAGGGUUUACGUUUGACGGAUUAUCGUCCUCAACGCAGCACACACCAGGAACGUUUACGUAUCAAGGAUCUAUAUUUUACCUUCAAAAUGCCCACGGUUGCUGAAGAAUCUAUCGAUGCUUUCCAGAACUACUAUGCCCGUCCACCAGAGAGACCAAAGAAGAAGUCAUUCAAACAAAUGGUUUAUGAUCCCGAGACAAGUGAAUAUUUUGGCAGAACCAUUGAAAGCUGGGCAAAAAUUGGUGUGUUCUAUACAGCAUUUUAUGGAGUUUUAGCGGCGCUGGUAGCCAUCUGUAUGUGGGCAUUCUUUCAAACUUUGGAUCCUCGUAUACCAAAAUGGACAUUGGAUGGUUCAUUAAUAGGAACAAAUCCAGGCCUUGGCUUUAGACCUCUACCACCCACAGAUAAUGUUGAGAGCACCUUGAUUUGGUACAAGGGCACCCAUCAUGAAAACUUCAAGCAAUGGACAGAUGCUUUGGAUGAAUUUUUGGAUGUUUACAAAGUACCCGGUUUAACACCCGGCCGUGGUCAGAACAUUUACAACUGUGACUACAAUCAGCCACCACCAAAGGGCCAGGUCUGCGAUGUGGACAUUAAGGCCUGGUCUCCCUGUACCAAAGAAAAUAACUACAGUUAUCACAAGAGUUCGCCGUGUGUUUUCUUGAAAUUGAAUAAAAUUUAUGGUUGGAUACCAGAGUUUUAUAAUGAUUCAGCUGACUUGCCAGAAAAUAUGCCUAGAAAUCUUAAGACCUACAUUGCUGAUGUCCAAAAGAAUGAGUCACACAAGAUGAACACUAUUUGGGUUUCAUGCGAGGGUGAAAAUCCUGCUGAUCAGGAAAAUGUGGGCCCUGUAGACUAUUUGCCCGUGCGUGGUUUCCCCGGCUACUUCUAUCCCUAUCAAAAUUCAGAGGGUUAUUUAAGUCCUUUAGUGGCUGUACAUUUCCAAAGACCAAAACGCGGUAUUAUUAUCAAUAUUGAAUGCAAAGCAUGGGCUCGCAAUAUCAUACACGAUCGCAAGGAUAAAUUAGGCUCAGUACAUUUUGAACUUUUAAUAGACUAAAGUCUCAAUGAAAGCUUUUUAUUUAUAAAUUUUAAAUUAUUUUAAAUUUUACCAACGAACAAUUCAAAAAAAAACACCAUCAAUAAAAUUAAUUUUUUUUUCGCUUAAGCACAAAACUUCAACAGUUAGAAAUCGAUAGAUUUUAUUAAAAUAUAAAUAAAUAAAUACCAAGCACAGUUUUAUUAAUUACAAAUGAAAUUAAGAGAAGAAAAAAAAACACGAAUAAUUAAAUAAUUGUUGUUACUUUAUUUUAAAGUAAACUGCCAUUCACCAAAUAUUUAAAGCAAAACCAAUCCAAUUACACAAAUUACUAUUUAUAUAAAUAUAAUUACAAUACAUACAUAUAAUUAUUUUUCUUUUUAAUUUAAUUUCGAGUGUAUAAAUUGUUGUUGCUAAAUGAAGAUAAAGUUUAAAAAAAUAAUAAAAAAUCUAAGUAGAGAUAAAAGAAAAGAAUCUAACUGGGCAUUAAAGAGAUAAAUUAAACAAAUUAAGAGAAGCAUCUUCAAAUAUGUAGUUGAGUGUGUGUGUGUGAUUUACCCCACAAAAAAAAUUAAGUAAAUUAAAUGUAAAAUUUACUUACAUACAUAAAGUUAUUGUAUAUUUAACAAAAAAAACAAGCAGUGACUAUAAAAAAGUCAUAUAAUUUUUAUUAAUUAUUACUACCUACUAUUAUUUUACUUUAUUUAUCUCUCUCUUUUGCUUUUAAUGUUUAAACUUUAAUGUAAUUUUUAAACAAACAAAAGUAUGAAAAAUAUUAAGUUAAAUUAUAUAAAUUUAAAUGAUAGUGUCAUGAAAGCUUCUAGCAAUGUACAAGUUAGUUUAAUCUCAAACCGCUCAAAAGUCCCAAGUCCUCCAAAUGGAAUCUUCCACAGACAAAAAAAAUACACAUCCCCUCCCUUCCUUUAUUAUAUAGCCCCCUAAAUGCAUACUACAUACAUACAUAAAAUUUAUUAAUUAUUAUGACGACAAACAAACAAAUUCAAUUAGUUUUGAAUGUUUUUAAAAUAAUACAAAAUAUGGUUUAAUUUUUUUAAGUUUAAAUUAAUAAAAAUUUAACAAAAUAAAGAAAAAAAAAAGAAAAAA